CUCUUCCACUCCACCACAACACAAUCAUCAAACCCCAACCGCAACGACUCCUCCUCCCUCUCCUCUCUUCUUCUUCUCCAACUUCUUUUUUCUCUUCUUCUUCUCCUCCAUUCCAUUCCAUUUCUCCUCACGCUACCGCCACAGGUGUCCGCGCCGCGAGAGGCCUCGGGCUCGGCUGGUGGUGGAAGAAUCGGAUCAGGAGAAGCAAACCAAGGGAUAGAAAUUCCUCCCCCCAGAAGAUCUCUCAUCCCCGUGCGCUGCUGCUGCUGUGUCGUCGUCGUCGUCGGGAGUGGGGAGCGAGCGAGCGAGCUGGUCUGUGUCCGUGGUGAUUGGACAGGACAUGGUCGGGCGGAUGGAGCGGCAGUCGGCGUCGUCGUCGGCGUCAUGCUCCCCCUCCUCCUCCGCCGCCGGCACCUCCUCCUCGUCUUCGGCCUGCGGGGGCAAGAAGCGGCCCGACAUACUCAACAUGAUCCGGAGUGCAACAUGCCUUAAUUCGUCAUCUACCGAUACCGGCAAGGGGAGGAGUAAGCAGUCAAGCAACAAAGUGACUCAUGGAUUCCACUUGGUGGAAGGGAAAUCUGGGCAUGACAUGGAGGACUACCAUGUGGCAGAGUACAAGUAUGACAAGAGCCAUGAGCUUGGUCUCUUUGCCAUUUUUGAUGGUCACUUGGGAGACAGUGUUCCAAGUUACUUGAAAGCUAACCUUUUCUGCAACAUACUGAAAGAGCCUAUCUUCUGGACUAACCCUCAGGAAGCAAUUAAGAAUGCAUACCGCUCUACAAACAAAUAUAUUUUGGAGAAUGCCAAACAACUUGGACCUGGUGGUUCAACAGCAGUUACUGCUAUUGUCGUUGAUGGAAAGGAUAUGUGGGUAGCAAAUGUAGGUGAUUCAAGAGCUGUUGUGUGUGAAAGAGGUGCUGCUAAUCAGCUCACUGUUGACCAUGAACCUCAUACAACUAAUGAAAGGCAGAGGAUUGAGAAGCAGGGUGGCUUUGUAACAACAUUUCCUGGUGAUGUUCCCCGGGUAAAUGGUCAGCUUGCUGUUGCGAGGGCCUUUGGGGACCAAAGCCUCAAGGCGCACUUGAGUUCAGAACCUGAUGUUAGGCAUGUACCAAUAAAUUCAAGCAUAGAGUUCGUCAUACUUGCCAGCGAUGGACUAUGGAAGGUAAUGAAGAACCAGGAAGCCGUCGAUCUUGUGAAGUCGAUCAAGGACCCCCAGGCAGCAGCGAAGCGACUGACGACCGAAGCGCUUGCGAGGAAGAGCAAGGACGACAUCUCCUGCAUCGUCAUCCGAUUCCGCUGCUGAACACCCGCUUCGCAACAUUGUCUCUGCGUUUCUCUUCGUUCCGAUUGAAUUUGUGUGGUGGUGCUGAAAAAAGAUGGUUUACCUAUAGUAUGUAGCUGUUGUGAACAGACCCUAGAGAUGAGAUAUGUUAGCAAGGACAAAACUGGAGAUGUUCAAACUUGUGGGUUCAGUAGCGAGUAGUGAGUGUGUGCAGGGUGGUGGUGGGCGGUGGUGAUUCGUCUGUGCAUACAUACACCAGCAUAAACUGUUUUAUCAAUCGAACGGGGCGUGCAGGUUGUUGCCGUUGUGUACAUACAUUGUUGCUUGGUUUUGGCUGUGAGUUGUGAAAUGGUAGUAGUCCCAGUCAUGUGUCA